AUGGCCAAGCGCCAGGCCUCCGAGGCCCUCGAUGACCUCGACAUUGCUUCGCCAGUAUCAAAGAAGUCUCGACUGGAGGAUAUCGAAUCUCCUCUAGAGAACGGCGCAGAAGCUGGGGUUCGCAUUGGGGCGCAUGCCAACGGCGACGCGCAAGACGAUGAUGACGAUUUUGACGAUGACGAGCCCGCUACUACUGCCCCCAUACGACAGUCGGCGCCCACAGACGGCUACGACGAUCUCUACCUCGACACCAUCGACCGCAACGUGCUCGACUUUGACUUUGAAAAGCUCUGCUCCGUGUCGCUCUCCAACAUCAACGUCUACGCCUGCCUCGUCUGCGGCAAGUACUUCCAGGGCCGCGGGCCAAAGUCGCACGCCUACUUCCACUCGCUCGACGAGGACCACCAUGUCUUCAUCAACCUCGAGACCCAGCGCGUCUACGUCCUGCCGGAGGGAUACGAGGUCAAGAGUCGCGCCCUGGAUGACAUAAAGUACGUGUCGGACCCGCGAUACACAAAGAAGGAGGUGAUCGAGAUGGACCGUGCCAAACGUACCAGCUACACCCUCGACUCCAAGGAGUACACGCCCGGCUUUGUGGGUAUGAACAAUAUCAAGGAGAACGACUACUUCAACGUCGUGGUCCAGGCCCUCGCUCACGUCGCGCCCUUGCGCAACUACCUCCUUCUCGAGGAUUUCCCCGACAAGACGGAGCUCGUCAAGCGAUGCAGCAUCCUCGUCCGCAAGAUCUGGAACCCUCGUGCCUUUAAAGCCCACGUCUCGCCACACGAGCUUCUGCAGGAGAUCUCGCUCCGCUCCAACAAGCGUUUCACCCUCACGGCGCAGUCAGACCCCGUGGACUUCUUGUCGUGGUUCCUCAACAACCUCCACCUUGGUCUGGGUGGCAGCAAGACAAAGCCCGGCAGCUCCAUGGUGCAGCGGACGUUCCAGGGAAAGAUGAAGGUCGAGUCGCAGGCCAUCACAGCACGUGCAGAUGCUAGCGAUCGCCUACGCUUCGAGGACGCCGAUGUCAAGGUCGACGUGGUUCGCUUCCUCCUCCUCACUCUCGACCUCCCCUCAGCGCCGCUCUUCCAGGACGAGCUCGAGAAGAACAUCAUCCCACAGGUCCCGCUGACUACCAUCCUCACAAAGUAUGAUGGCCAACGGGCCCAGGAACACCAUGCCCAGAGAAAGCGGUACCGCCUCAUGCACCCCCUGCCCCCCUACCUCAUCUUCCACGUCAAGCGCUUCUCCCAGAACAAGUUCGUCUCGGAGCGCAACCCCACCAUCGUCACGUUCGACGCCAGAAAUCUCGACAUGUCGCCAUACGUUGAGCCUAACCCUCGCGAGUGGCCCCCUGGCGAACCUAUCUGGUACGAUCUCGUCGCAAACGUCGUCCACGAGGCGGUACGCGUGCGUGAGGAUGUGGUCGACAGCGGCGAGGAGCGCAAGACGUGGAAGGUGCAGCUCAAGAACAAGGCGACGGGAGAGUGGGUGGUGUGUCAGGAUCUCUUUGUGGACAAGGUGCAGAGCGAGUUGCUGUAUCUCGGGGAGACAUAUCUACAAGUAUGGGAGAGGAGAAGGGAGCCAAAGGGCAAGGGAAAAGCAGCGGCAUCAUGA